AUGCCUUCCUUCACUAAAGUCGUCGCUACCGUCGCUGGAUGCUCCGCCAUCGUCAACGGCGCAGCCAUCCCAGCUGAGAACGGCCUUCACACCACUACUCUCCAAACCCGAGACACAGUCAAGAGCCCUGGCAGCGUUCUAAGCAAGCGUGAGCCGGUCACGAUUGCUAUUCUGACUGCGGCUGGUACUGCAGCAGCUACUGCUAUCGUCAACGAGGCCGUCAGCGCUGCCGCCGCUUUCAUCGGUGACAUUUCCAACUUCGACGCUGGCCGCGAAGCAUUCACCGUUCAAACCACCGAGACCAUGAUGGCGAACAACCCCGACCCUGAGCGUUUCCAAGCCGCUGCUUGUUAUAACAAAGCGUUCUCUGUUGCUGAUCCUGCCAACAUUGAUGGACAGUCGUCCGUUGAGUUUAGACUUGGAAUCCUCAACACUGAUUACGAGUGCAUGUACAUUGCUGCACCCAACCAGUUCUUUACUGAGGGAGAUGGUGGUCUCAUCAACCUCUCCUUUACGCAUACUGAUCGAUGCACAUUUGACCAGGAGACCGCUGAUCUCACUUGUGUUUAA